CUUUUUUAUUUGCUUGAUUCAUGGAGUGAUGAAUGUAACGUGUGUAUGCUUGUGAUUGAUUAGAUAGUCUUUCUGCAAGCAGUCUAAGUACAUCCGGUGAAACGCCGGCGCAAAGAAGUUAUGCCACCAUUGUUUCUGUAGGCAACCACGUUUUAUUGUUUGGUGGCGAACCUAUCGUGCCAGACGACAAAUGGGACGAUCAGCUCUAUCUCCUUAAUCUUAAUACGCGCAUAUGGAGCCGAAUCCAGAUCGAAGGGCCCUCACCCUCUGAACGUUCCGGUCACACGGCGGUCUCCUAUAACGGAAUUAUGUAUAUCUUUGGUGGUCAACGCGGCAACCACUACUUCAAUGAUUUAUAUGCUUUUAAUACCAGCACAUGUAAGUCAGUUGCUCGUACCACGAAGAUCACGACUGUGAAAUAUUCAUCUAUUGAACUUCUUUCUUUUGGUCCUUUUCGUACUUUUGUAGAUCCUGCGAAUGCCCGCUGGGAAUGUCUUUCCUCCGGCAAUGAAGGUCCAACAGGAAGAUCGGGACACGCAUCCGUCAUCUAUGACAAUAAAUUUUACAUUUUCGGAGGAACAGAUGGAAACCACUUGUAUAAUGAUAUUUGGUCGUACGACCUUCAAGCGAGAACAUGGUCCCAAGUCGCCGCGGCGGGUUAUAUCCCCAUGCCUCGUGAACGAUGUGCUGCCUCACUCGUGGAUGACGUGAUGUACGUCAUCGGCGGCAGAGGACCGGACGCACAAGAUUUAGGCGAUUUGUGUGCCUUCAAAAUUCGAAAUCAACGCUGGUACAUGUUCCAAAAUAUGGGACCUGCACCCUCGGCACGCCAUGGACUGACCAUCACUGGUAUCAAGGAAAAAAUGGUGGUACUUGGCGGUGAUGCCGGAAAUGGGAAAAUGGAAGACGCUUCCAUGGUGUAUGUCCUUGACAGCGCCAAAAUCAAGUAUCCGGCCGAAGCGCCUACGCAACAGAAUCCCCCACUCAACAGUUCACCCUCGUUUUCCCCCCCUCAUUGCUACGUGGAUGCUGAUAAUCAGGCUCAUUCUCCGCACUACAUGCAACAAAUUCAACAAGUGCAACAGAUCCGUGGCAUGUCGCCUUCACAAUCGUCUCAGCCGACUCCGAAACGAUCUCCGCAAUUACAGCAUCAACGCCAGCCAUCCCCCGUCAAACAGGAUGCCAAAGACGCGGAUCUCGUCAGCCCCAUCGAUCCUCAAGCCUCCCUUUCUACGCCCCUACCUAGCACCACCAAUUCCUCCAACGCUCGUGUGAAGCUCAGUCAUCCAGAUCCUCACGUGAAUCCGUCCACUCCGCCAGCAAGACCACCUCGCUUGGGAUCCAUGGUGCCUCCUGCAGCGCUUCGACGACCACGCACCACAUCGCCUUUACCCAUGGCCGAUAUUGAUGUUAAUGUGGAUCACCGCCGACAACCCGCUUCCGUGUCGACCGCGUCUCCUACAUCGCCAGGUGCCGGUGCCGAUCUGUAUCCACAGACGCGUGCUCCUCAGCGACCGGAAGAAAAUUCAUAUGCCGAUUAUGCGGCUAUGCGACAGGAAAUGACUUCACCCAAACCAUCGCAGUCGCGAAACACCGUUGGCCCGCCUCCUAGACCAUCACGCGAAGGCGUGAACCUUGCCAGUUCGUACCGUCACACCAUGAGUUAUAGCAACGAAUCACUCAAUGGAGAGCCCACCGAGACCAGUGAAAAUUCAGCCCCGCUGUAUGAUAUGCCACCCACGCACCACGCCCUACCCCAUCAACCGCAACCACCUUUUCAGGAUUCGAACGAACAUGCGCUGGAACGCAGUCUGUCCCCCACGCAUAAUUCCGCUUAUGCCGUGGCAUCCAUACAUGCUGCUAACCUCCAUCAGCAGCCAUACCCGUCGUCCACUCACAUCAAGGGGUCGGUCGACAGCGCACAGGAAGAACGUGCGGCUCUAUUGCGCGAAAUUAAGACGCGGGAUCUGAUUAUUAGCGAGAUGAGAAAGAAGGAACAAUGGUGGCGCACUGAAGUAUCAUUAGCGCGAAAGCAGAGACUCGAAAGAGGAGAAUCUGUCGAAGAUUCACCCGAAGCAGACAAUGCCAUGCUUUUAGAUACGAACGAUAUGGAGCCGGACAAGGUGCGCUUAUUGGAACAGUUGAUCGCUGUCAAGGCGGAAUUGCGUCGGGUUCGUACAAGUAUCCAUCAACAAGGCCAACCAAUGUCGGAAAAAGUGAACCAAGCCGAUCGUAUGCGCACCGCUGCCCUUCAAGAAGCAGCUUACUUCAAAUGUAAAUAUCUGGCCGUGAAGAAUCGGCAUCCGGAAGAACUCGUCGCGGCGGAAACGGAACGUGCAGAGAGUCUCGAAAAGAAGCUUGCGGCGGCUCUUGUGGAAAACGAAAGCAACGGUCGUCUCUUGCAGCAGUUGCAGAAACGCGCUCAGCAUGAUCACGCAGCACGGAUAUCCGCCGAAGAGCGGGCUAAAGAAGCCCAUGAACGUGCCGAAGAAGCACAAGAAGCCCAUCAACGAGCAUUGGAGGAACUGUCGAAUUUAUUAGCUCGUGCAACGCGAGCGGAGGCUCAAGUGCGUGAUGGUGCGGCCAAGAUUGCCGAACUCAGCAAUCAAUUGACCCAGGCAUUAUCGGUGAGUUCCUCAUCGGAAGAACUGUCCAAGAACCAUAUCAAAGUGUCCCAGUUGGAAGCGGCCAAUCUCAAAUCACGCAACGAAGCGGCCAUGUUGAAACGGCAACUGGCCGAAAGCCUGGAUGACAUUGCUCGUCUUCGUACCUUGCUGAACGAAAGAGAAGAAUCGCUCAACGAGGUAAAUCGCCACUUGGAAGACAGUGAAAUUCAGCUGGGCAUGAUGAAAGAAGCCAUGAGUCAAAAAGGAUUCACCACUAGAGCAUACUAAAGAAAAUAAUGUCAGUUUCCUUCUUUUUCACUUGUCUCCUUUUUCAUCUUAUUUAUUACCUACCUCAUUGCGUUCUCAUAUUCCUUGUUCUCUAUUCCUUUUGUCUCUUUUUUUU